AUGGCCAAACCCAUCUCAUUUUCGUAUAUCCCAACGGGCCUUACUUAUGGCACCUCAGCCCCCAAACAAUGCGACGAGUUUACCUUUCUCAACUCUGACGCCAUCAACAAAAAAGGCCAUCCCUCGCAUAGCGUGAUAAUCCAACCAUCAGAAUGGGAUCUUCCCUGGCCAUCCUCAUUCCCGGCCGCUCGGCAAUGCAAGUAUUGGAAAGAGAUUCAGCUAUCGUGUGAACGAUUUAUGCAAGAGGUCCGAGCGCUCAGCAUUCAGCGAGGCAAAAAGGUGCCGGAAGGAUACUGUCGCAUGGCUGGCGAGCAGCCACUGACACCAAAGGAAAGCCUGAUCGUCCGGACUACGGUUGAUGCCGUGAUCUACAUGAUACCAAAUGCACCCUGUGAGAGAGUCGAAUUUAUAAGCAAAUUAUGGUUGCUUCUUUGGACGCACGACGACGUCGUGGAAUAUUACCCAGAAGAAGCGGGUUCGACCGUAGUCGACGAUAUCACACAUUCUCUCCUUCGAGUUUCCCGAGGGCUUGAAGACCUGCCGGGGAAUGAAAUCUGCGCGAAAUUGAAGUUGACAUCAAAGCUUCUUGAUCUACCAGGAGCUUUGACACAAACUAUGCUAGAGAAAUUCGCAGAUUUCAUCUUCUUUACUCGUACCCAUCAAAGAAAUGAAUUCAAGGACUUGCGAGACUACCUUGAUUACCGCGCGACUGAUAUUGCCAUAGACCAUAUCUUAGCAGCGGUAAGAUUCGGCAAUGACCUGGACCUACGCCAGGAACAGAUAGAUCCACUUCGUCAUAUUAGUGGCUUGAUCAGUGACCAUAACAUCCUUGUCAAUGAUCUAUUUUCCUUCGACAAGGAGAAGCGAGCGGCUGUGACUCAAGGCGCCCAUAUACUUAACAUUGUCGAGUAUUUAAAGCAGACUUUAUCAGUCUCAUCCGCUCUCGCCAAGGACAUCACCUUGCGUCUGGUCUUUGACGUCGAGUCCCAGCUCCGGGAUGAACUUCGCCAGAUCUCGCAGAUGGGAACAUUGAGCGAGGCGCAAAUCCGAUAUGCGCACGCAAUGGUCGAAAGUGCAUCUGGAAAUUUGCUUUUCUCCGUCACCUCAGUUCGCUAUGGGAAAGGUGCCAGUGGUCCUGGAUAG